AUGGGUUCCAACGCCGUCGACUCCAACGAGUACCAGAAGUUCCUCGACCAGGUGCAGUACACCGAAACGGGCGUCAAGCGCUACGAGUGGAUCUUCGGCGACGAGUACCUGAGCACCGGCGGCCUGCAGACGACCAAGGAGAUCGUCCCCCGGCUGGAGCUGAAGCCCGGCCAGCGCGUCCUGGACAUCGGCUCCGGCCUCGGUGGCCACGACUUCUACAUGGCCGCCGAGUACGGCGUCUACAUCGACGCCGUCGACCUGAGCAAGAACAUGAUGGACAUAGCGAUGGCCUACCACGCCCAGAAACCGGCCAUCAAGGACCGCAUCAACUUCCGCCUCUGCGACGUCAUGACCACCGACUUUCCCGAGGCCUACUACGACGUGGUGUACAGCCGCGAUGCGCUGCUGCACAUCAAGGACAAGCCCGCCCUCUUCGCCAAGUUCUUCAAGUGGCUGAAGCCUGGUGGGCGUGUCGUCUUCACCGACUACAUUCGAGGCGAUGGGCAGCUCAGUGAGGAGUUCCUCGAGUACAUGCGCCAGCGGGAUUACACGCUCUUCACCCGCCAGCAGUACCUGGACUGCUUCAAGGGAGCCGGCUUUGAGCGGAUUGUCGUGGAUGAGAUCAAGGACAAGUUUGUGGCCUCGUUGCAGAGGGAGCUGAAGCAGCUGCGCGAUGGGCGAGCCGACUUUCUGAGCAAGUUCAGCCAGAAGGACUACGAUGACCUGGAGCAGGGCUGGCUGGCGAAGAUUAAGCGAGCGGCGGAUAAUGACCAGUCGUGGGUGCUGGCCGCAGGGUUUAAGCCUGCCAACUGA